AUGACUAUCAUGCCUUCGUACCUCCGCAACUUGUUUGGCGGAUCGAGCUCUUCGUCUUCAUCCACUGCCGCCCCUCGAACUCACAGUCGCUCUCGUUCGUCUGGGCCUGCUCCGAACAUCUAUGCUCCACCGAGCACUUCAAGCUCUGGUGCAAAUGUUCACCGGAGCCAAAGCUACUCUGCUUCGCGCUCGACACACCCAUCACCCCUCAGAUACACGACAGGCGCCGAUACAAGGACCACGUACGGGUACGGCAAACGGAGUGCGGCCGCACCCUAUCCCUCAGAACCUCGUCCGCAUGUCCUCCGGCGAGAAAGCCACAAAGCGCGAGAGCCUGCGAACUAUGCUAUCCACACGCCUUCCACCACGUACAUGACACCGCCGAGUUCACGCUCCAAUUCCAGCUCAUCCCUCUUCGGCAUGGGAGCUCCACGAUCGUGUAGCUCUGACGCAGGCCAUUAUGGACGUUCUGACACUCGCCCGCCCCUGCGGCAGAAUCCAAGCUGGCAGCCUGGCAGCAGUGUCGGAAGCACGUCAUCUUAUGGCUCAAUGCGGGGACCUUCGCCCGCCCAGUCCGGCUCGUACUCGCGUCCACGGACGCCGUGUCUGCACAUGCAUCCUCUUCUCGCCCAUACGCGUCUCCACCACGCACCGCUCACGUACGAUGUCACCUUCACUCCCUCCGCGCGCACCGUCCUCGACCGCGCGACGCACUCCGCCAUCCCCUCACACACGCUCGCGCAGCCCGCGACAGAGCCGCCAAUGCCACCCGGUGCACGCCUCGUCCUGCGCUCGCACAAGUUCCCCUGGCCCGUCGUCGUCGCCGCCUCGCACAAUGCGGGCACCGCGUCUCCCGGACCACGUUUCACGGUCGGGCCGCCGAAGAAGGCUGGCUUGAUCACGAAUCUGGACGUGCUCUACGCCGUGCACACCACCCUCAUGACGCCCGUCACGCCCGAAGAAUGGGACGCGCUUGGACGCGGGAGCAAGGCACAGCAGAAGGCGACGCGUGCCUACGAGCGGCGGUGUACGCGUAUGGGCGGCGGCUGGGAGGCCGGUGUCCGCCGAAUCGACUGGCUGGGGGAGAAGACACGCCUUGUCGGUGUGGAGGUCGACAAGAGCGGCGGCGGAAAUGGUACAGGCAAACUCGUCUUCUCCAAGGCCUAA